AUGUUGAAGGUGAUUGUCGGGGAUUUGAGUCAACAAUGUGCAAUUCCAUCGUCCAAUAGGCAUGGAAUUUUUGGAAUGAAGGAAGGUCCCAGAACUGAAGGAACUCGUAUUAGCCUGAAGAUCGGCUUACAAUGUCUGAGGGCAAUACACGUCUUCUGUUUCCACAAGGGCAACCCUGUCAAUGAAGUGUCUGAUGAAAGAACCCAAACGCAGGCAGAGUGUUGA